AUGUCGCCAUACCGCGUUGCAAAUGCCAGACAGAUGAAGACGGAAUGUCGUACCAAAUUACAAUAUUGUUAUAGCACCAUUGACAAAUAUGAGAAGAACAAGAGGAAGUUGAAUAGAAGGUUGACGGGUCAGCUGCACCGACUCCGACGCAAUCUGGGGGAGAGAGAGAGAGAGAGAGAGAGAGAGAGAGAGAGAGAGAGAGAUGUUGAAACUGGAAACAAAAUAAAUCAAGCUAUCGCAAAUUGUUCAUAUCUAUCUAUCUAUCUAUCUAUCUAUCUAUCUAUCUAUCUAUUACAAUCUGUUCCUAUUUCAAUAUGUUCACAUCUAUCUAUCUAUCUAUCUAUCUAUCUAUCUAUCUAUCUAUCUAUCUAUCUAUCUCAAUCAGUUGCUGUCUGUGCUCCUAUCUAUCUAUCUAUCUAUCUAUCUAUCUAUCUAUCUCAAACUUUCGAAAUAUGUGCUGUUCAUAUCUAUCUAUUUAUCUAUCUAUUUAUCUAUCUAUCUAUUUAUCUCUCAAUCUGUUGUUGCCUGUGUUCCUUCCUUCCUAUCUAUCUAUCUAUCUAUCUAUCUAUCUAUCUAUCUAUCUAUCUAUCUAUCUCAAACUGUUCAUAUCUAUCUACCUAUGUUAGUAUCUAUCUAUUUUAG